GCAGCGCUGUGGAAUCGGCGCCACAAACAUGCAGAAGCGAUGAUCCAGCCCGGAGACGAGCUUUUCAAGGUGUUCUUGCGGGCGCGGCGGGAGGACGCAUGCCCGGAAGCAGCCCAUCCGCCUCCGGUAUCCGGCCCUUCUGAAUCGCCCUCCCGAAGCGUGGCGCCGAUGAUCGUGCCAGGUGCACCCGUCGAGAUUCUGGCACAGGGCCAAGGGCCUGGGACCUUGGUUGCCCAGCUCGUGCACCGCGUGCCGGCGCUUGCCAAGGUGCCGGAGGUGCAGCUGCAGCUGGUCUUCAAGGGAAUGCGGCCGUUGCCGCAGCUGCAGGUGGAAGAGGAGGUCGCAGAAGUUCGCCAAAGCGGCUGCGAGGUCCUUCCCUCGGCGGCGACGUCGCAAAACCUGCGCCAUCUCAUCGCGCGCGCCGACUGCGAGGUGCUGCACCUGGCGCUUCACUGCUCAUCUGGCCAGGCCCGACACCUCUUCCUCGAAGAUCCCCAGGGCAAGGCUCACAUCAUGACCGCCGAGGAUUUCCAGAGCCUCCUGACAGAUGGACAAGCGUCGCAGUGCGUCAAGCUGGUGGUGCUCAAUGCGUGCCAUUCCUUCGCAGUGGGUCAGCACUUCGUCCAAGCCGGGGUGAAGCACGUGGUCUGUGUGCAGGACGACAAGGAGGUCCGCGACAACAGCUGCCGCCUCUUUGCCCGGAACUUCUUCAGCGCCCUGAGGGCGGGUCGAAGCAUCGGCGAGUCCUUCGGGUGCGGGGUUGCUUCCCUUCGCCACAGCUCGGACGGGAUGUGCCAGAAGGAUGCGGGCUCCUUCGUUCUCCUUCCGGAAGGCGGCGACCACAACGUUGUGCUGGCUGGUGUGGCUGCUACCUUGCCGAGUUCCGCGUCACCGCGCUGGCUUCCUGCGCGGGUGGAGGACUUCAUGGGCCGGGAGGUGGACAUCUGGAGGCUGCUGUGCCACUUGAAAUCCAGGCGGCUCGUAACGCUGUCGGGGAGCAAAGGCAUCGGGAAGACGGCGCUGAUGGUUGCUGCCGGCCGAUUUGUGCAGAUGCGGCGCGGGGACAGCUUGCAGGAUGGCUUUCAGGAGGUGUACUGGCUAAAUGGUGAUAUCCCAAGCAAGAUCUCGGAGAGCCUGCAAGAUCUCUUGCGCGCAUUGCAGGAGGACCCGAGCAUACUGGUACUGGCGGAUGUGCCGAGCGUCUCCUCCAACAACUUGCCUCUGAAGCAGCUGUUGGAGGCCAACGCGAAGGUGCGGUUGGUACUGGAGGUCGCAGAUGCCUCCCCGAAUCUAAAGGACCAGCUAGGCAGCCUCAAUGUGAAGCCGACGAAGAUGGAGCUGGGUCCGCUUCAGCCUCUUGCACAGGCGCGCCUGUUCCUUUGCCGUGCGGCCCGGCCGCUCUACGACUUCGAGUUGUCUGGGGAACCAGGAGCCAACGUGCCCAGCACUCCGCCAAAGAUCGCCGAGGGCUUUGGGCAAGCGUUGGGGGAUCACAUGGUCCUGGCAGAGCUUCCCUGGAUGCGAGACUUCGAAGGAAACCCGUCACGCAUCGUUGAUGCGGCCCAAGCGCUGAAGCCCUGGAAAGCGGCGAAGCCGGACGAAGCCAGGCCGGCAAAGGGCAAGUUUGUGAAAGUUCUCGCCGUCCACCCGAAUGGUGAAGCCGAUAAGCUGCUGCUGCGGGACACCAUGACCAUGGCUGAAAUCAUUGAGACGAAAGCACCGGGUGAACUUCGAGCCGUGGAGCUCGAG